AUGUCAAUAGCAUUGAUCUCUCCGAAAAGAAACUAAUUAAAAUAAAAAACAUAAGAAGCUCUGUCUCUCUCUGUCUCUUCCCAUCCUUUUGGUCUCUUUUCUUUAUCUCUCCUUAACUGGAUUUGUAUUUAUAAAUUGGAGAAGUUGUGAGAUUUUUGUUUGCUCACUUUUUCCUAUAUUGGUAUAAGGCCAUAUAUAUCACCCCCUCUUUUCUUCAACUAAGUUCAAAUUAUGGGUGACCAACAGAUAGCUGCAGGGGCUAAUGGAAACCACAGAUCAGUAAGUUUGAAUAUUGGAGAUGAUGAUUUCAACAACAAGAAUUCUGCUAAUUCAGCAUCACAUCAUCAAGAUUCUUCAUCAAGCUCAACCUGCAACUUUGUCACUCUUCCCUUCAUCCAAAAGAUAAUAGCGGAGACAUUAGGGACGUAUUUCUUGAUAUUUGCGGGGUGUGGGUCAGUGGCGGUAAAUGCAGACAAAGGAAUGGUGACUUUUCCCGGUAUAUCUAUAGUGUGGGGGCUGGUGGUGAUGGUUAUGGUUUACUCUGUUGGCCACAUUUCUGGUGCUCAUUUUAACCCUGCUGUUACCAUUGCCUUUGCAUCUAACAAAAGGUUUCCUUGGAAACAGGUACCAGCAUACGUGGCAGCUCAAGUUAUUGGAUCAACCUUGGCAAGUGGGACCCUAAGAUUAAUAUUUAAUGGGAAACAUGAUCACUUUGUUGGAACCUCACCCUCUGGAUCAGACAUUCAAUCUCUUGUUCUUGAAUUUAUAAUCACAUUUUAUCUUAUGUUUGUCAUUUCUGGUGUCGCUACUGAUAAUAGAGCUAUUGGGGAACUUGCUGGUCUUGCUGUGGGGGCAACCGUGUUGCUUAAUGUGAUGUUUGCCGGGCCAAUAUCAGGUGCAUCAAUGAACCCAGCAAGGAGUUUGGGCCCAGCAAUAGUGUCAAGUCAUUACAAAGGUUUAUGGGUUUACAUUUUAGGCCCAACAGCUGGUGCCAUAGCAGGUGCUUGGGUCUAUAACAUCAUCAGAUUCACUGAUAAGCCUUUACGUGAGAUUACCAAAAGUGGAUCUUUUCUCAAGUCCAAAAGUCUAGCACGUAAUGGCGCCAAUUAGAAAAAGAAAAAGUUGUUUUUUUUUCUUCUUUUGAGAAAUAGAUUAAAAAAAAAAAAAAGAUAAA